UAACAGAGUAGUGUGCGGGUUUGUUUGUCGUAGUCGAACUGGUGAUCCUGGUGAUCAAGAAGAUAGAAAAUCCUCGAGGAAUUUGAAAAUAUUAUAGAAGCGAAUUAGUAAUGACUGGUGUAAUUUGUUGAAAUCACCGGCGGAUUUUACUGGUGGUGGUGCUUUCAUUCCUUCUUAUAAACACCAAGAUACUCAAGAAAUCUGAAGAGAACUCAUCCAGCACAAGUUAAACAGCAUGGAAAUGAACGAGACAAAGCCUGCAGACACCCAAGACACGGAAACAAACCGAAUGCCAAAUAAAGAUAAAACCCCAAGAGAAUUAUGGGAAGAACUGGGUUCCUACUCUACGCUCCAUGGUUUCCAGUUUACCUUCAAGAAAUUUUCCAAGAUUCGGAGAGCAUUGUGGAUACUCUUGUUGGUAGGAUCCGGGGUUUUUCUUGGCAAUCAAAUUCACACCGGCUUGAAGAAGGUUGCAGCUUAUCAAAUCUUUGUUCGACAUCACAACGAAUUUAGAGACGUGCUUGAUUUCCCUGCCGUCAGCAUCUGCAACAAUAAUAUGAUGCGGAGAAGCCGAAUCAACGGUACAUUUGCUCAGCGGUACUUAGACGUGCUUGGAGGGCAACCGAGCAGCGCCUGGCCUGAUCUUGAAAGUGGUUUGAAUUAUUCUUUAAACAUUGAAGAAGCUGUUGUUCAAUAUGGUCAGAAUCUGACGGAAAUGCUUUMAGACGAUAAGUGUAGAUGGAGUGGAAGUGUUUGUAAACCAUACCAGUUUACACCGUUCUUCGAGUACCAGUAUGGUCGCUGCUAUACGUUCAACUCUGGCAAAAAUAGCCAGAGUAUUUUGCAAYCUAGAAGAACAGGAAACACUUUUGGCCUGUUACUUAAGCUUGAUGUACAGCCCGAAGAGUAUUAUGGACUAUAUAGUCGAGAAGGGACUGGGUUUAGGGUCAUCGUUCAUGACCAGGAAGAACACCCGUCGAUGGAGAAAAGCGGUUCCUGGCAAAUCUCGCCUGGUAGUAGUGUAGAAAUGAGGAUUAAACGUAAAGAGCUAAGCAGCUUACCAGCUCCAUACCCCAAGUCCUGCAGGAAAGGAAAAGGUUAUUCACAGACUCGCUGCUUACACGAGUGCUACACAAACAUCCUACUAAGAACCUGCGGCUGUCAGAUGCUGGGGAUGCGGCUAAGUCAGUCAGAACCUAUUGACUCUCCUUGGUGUACGCCUUGGCAAAUAAUAAAUUGUGUUUCUGGCACUUAUAGCGCAGUAAACCAAAAGAGCUGUAACUGUACUGUCCAAUGUCAUCGAGUCAAGUACGACGUCCAGACAUCCUCCAUGUAUUUCCCUUCAUAUACCUUCUGGGAAUCUAUUGUUCAGAAGAACAACCUGAGCUCAGAUCCUAAGCGUAUGGCUGGAUACCAAGACUGGUUUAGGAAACGUUAUAUCAAGCUUAGUGUGUUUUAUGGAGAACUUGAAGCAGAGAUCAGUACAGAAGUUCCGGCCUACCAAUUGACAGAUUUAGCAAAUGAUCUUGGUGGCAGCAUGGGUCUGUUUCUUGGAUGCAGUGUGUUGACUAUAUUUGAGUUCAUAGACGUGUUGGUCUUGAUGUGUAUUGCUCACUGGAGAAAUAAGCGACAGGCAAAUUAUAGAGUAAACUGAUUUAGCAAACAAAGCGACGUGUAAAACUAAGGACGGCGCGCGCGCUGACGCUUCAAGAAUUUGCAACAUCCCCUGUGAUUGGUUAGGUUUAGGGGCGGGGUUGGGGAAAGGUCAUUGUUUUCUAUUGUUCUUCACAUGUGCGUCCUCCAAUAGGAUCACAUCCUGCAAAUUCGUGAAGGACGACCUGCGCUGACUAUAGUAAAAACGACCUUUGACAUCCGGACGCCACAUCUUCAUCUUCUUUAUUAGCAUAACUAAUACAACUGUAUUUUGGGAUUUUCCCAAAAUGGUAAGUCCACUACUUAUAAUACAAUGUUCUCAUCAAAGGUGAGGGUCAAACCGCCACAACUCGCGGAAGGAUCUACCAGAAAGAAUAUUAUUCGGGAGGACGAUGGGCAGCUUUCGCUGAUGUGGGCCUCCUUUCACUCUCACUACCACUACAUUUACUAUUUUAUAUAAACAACGCUCGAACCCCAAAAAAAUUGUGGUUUCGGUUUUUCUUGGAGGAUAUACACCUAAGUCCAAAAUGGCGUACGGUCGAGAGUGUUAUAUGAAAACGAGGAAUCCAGGGUCAUGUGCAAAGAAAUAAUAUGGUGUCAAUGCCAAGUAUACACUUGUUCACUCGUUCUGUCUUUCUUUCCUUCUUACAUUCAGGAACGCGACAAAGUUGUAGCAUCAAAUUAUAAGAAAACACUGUAAAUUUGUAAAUUUGUAAAUUCGGCCCUGGAUGCCUCGUUUUCAACCGGUCGUACGCCAUUUUGGAUUUAGGUGUAUGACGCAUGUAAAUCUGGAAAAGACGAAUGUAAAUACUUUGCCACAGGCAGCCCAAGCACUGAAAGUUUCAAUAUAAUUUAUAAGGCCAUUAUAGAAUGAGGAUUGUGGUGUAAAAGUACGUGUAAAAAGUUACAGUAAACUUUUCUUGCCUCCUAACA